GUCCUGCAGGCAGCCACGGGAGGAGGAUGCCUGGCCAAGCGCACUGCUCCGCCUGAGCGCCGCCGAGGCAGAGAGGAGGAGGCGAGGAAGGCAGGGCUGCGAGGAGCGGGAGGCAGAGGAAGAAGGGGCGAGCAUGACCCCGCCGCUCCCCGAGGGCUCUCCUUCCCCGCCAGGCCUGAGGGGGGGCUGGUUUUAGUCCACCCCGGAGGGGAAGGAGGAGGGAAGAGCCGCCACGGCACCGACAGCGCAGCCCUGCUCCCCUCCUCCUCCUCCAGCCAGCGCCCAGUUGUCCCACCUCAUUCCCAAUCUUUACUGCCAACCUUCUGGUAUCAGGAUCAGGGUGGAGGAGAUCAAGGCAGCACCUGACCUAAAGUCUUCUACCAGCAACUCUGGAUGAGAAUUCUACCAUUGCCUAUUGCUCACUAACUCCUCUGGCAAUAUGGAUUUUGUGAUGAAGCAAGCCCUAGGGGGGGCCACCAAGGACAUGGGGAAAAUGUUGGGAGGUGAAGAAGAGAAGGACCCCGAUGCUCAGAAGAAGGAAGAAGAACGACAAGAAGCUCUGCGCCAGCAGGAGGAAGAGCGCAAAGCAAAGCAUGCCCGCAUGGAAGCAGAACGGGAAAAGGUCCGACAGCAGAUCCGUGAUAAGUAUGGCCUGAAGAAGAAAGAGGAGAAAGAGGCAGAGGAGAAGGCAGCCCUGGAGCAGCCAUGUGAAGGGAGCCUGACGCGCCCCAAGAAAGCCAUCCCUGCAGGCUGUGGGGAUGAUGAAGACGAGGAUGAGGAGAGCAUCCUUGAUACGGUGCUCAAGUACCUGCCCGGUCCACUACAGGACAUGUUCAAGAAGUAACAGCUGUGCCCACAGCCCCACUUACCCACCCUAUGCCCUGGCAACUGCCAACUCAGCACUUGGGCUGGGGUUUGGUGUGGGGAAGGGGGAAUUUUUCAUUUCCUUUUUUUCAAAACUUCAUUUGGUCUUUUUUUUAAUCUUUGGGUUCUGUUCUAAGGGGAGACCCACUGACCUGCACACAUGCAUUCACAAAAAACACACAUCCUUGUGCCCACAGGGCCCCUGCCAAACCACCCAACUGACCCACCUUCCCUCUGUUCCCAGGGGAAUGAAGCACACCAGGCACAAAACAUCCCCCCCCCCCCACUGCUACCCAUCAGACCAAAAAGAAACCCACUCUCACCUCCUGUGCUCCCUGGAGCCACAAGCUGGGCACUGCCGGGAGCCUGCCUCCCCACCCUACACACACACACACACACACACACACACACACACGCCUUCCUCCAUGUUCCUUCCCCAUGUGGAGCUGGGUUUCUGUUGUGCCAAAGUGCCAGCUGGAUACAUGUUUUUUUUUCUUUAAAAAUUAAAAAAAACAGGUAAUGGGGUGGGAAACUGGACCAACUUCACUAAUGCAACCUCAUGGGGUUCAGGAAAAUAGGCAAUGGAAGGCAAGAAUCUUCAAGCCUCUGUAUAACUGCCAUGCUUUGUUGCAUGUUCCUAAGCCCCAUGUUGACUGCCAGAUUGGGACUGUGUGCCCAUUUCCCUCCAUGCCACUGUUCCUGCCUAAAGCCUGGAGUCAAAGCUGGGCCCCCCACACAUUCCGUAUCUGACGAAGGGAGUGACCAAUGGGUGUACCAUCACCCCCAAUCCUAACUGCCAAGGGCUGUUGGCAUAUAGAGAUGUCUUGUCACAUGCUGGAGAGGAGGAGCUCAUUUCUGGAAGAAACCAAAUUACCACCACAAAUAUCAUUGCAGAGACACAUGCACACUGAGAAUUCAGAGGAGGAGAAACAGAAAUUCUGUCCCCUUUUACCACAUCUUAAUUCUCUCACACACAGAUAUGCAUACACAGCAGGGCUGAUCAAAGGCCCAUUGGCCAAGUUCACAGUUCAACUUUUCUUCUGGACUGAACAGGAGAGGAAAUCCCUGUGUUUCAAGACCUCUUGGCCCCUUCAUGAAAGUAGGGGGAAAGGGUUUGGGUUUUUUAUUCCUUCAUUGUAGCUGUCUUAGCCAUCUCAGUUUACUUUUCAUUUAUGGUGGUAUUUUAUCCCAAAAUGACCUGCAGCUGGUGAUGCUACAAAUGACAUGGUGAGAGGGCUCCAGUCACAUUUCCUCUGAUUCUAUCCUCUCAGCUGCUUCUUUGGGGAGGUGAUGUAUUAAGAGCCUUCUUCAGGGAGCAGGGAAUGGAGUCAUAUAUUUCCAAGGUGGUUUAUGAGACUCUUGUCUCCACACUAGCUGUGUUUUAGAUUGAUGGCAUGCCAGAGGAUCAUUUUUGGAGAAAGCUGAGUUGAGUGAUGAUCUUAGAGCAGAACAGAUUCCUAAUCUUGUGGGAGCAGCCAGUGCUUCUUGAGUUGGGAAACUUCAAUAUAGGAGCGCUGUGUCAAACCCAGUGAGCUUAUCUCUGGAGUUUAUUGCCUCUAAGAUCCUAUAAUACUCACCUCAGAGUAGCACAGGUGCAGACAACAUUUUGUCUGAGCUGCUUGCUCCCAUAACAUCAGUAUCUUGUUUUCUCCUAAGUAUCAGUUUUCUCCUAACAUGAUGAAAUGCCAAGGACCCCACCUCCACAGCAUGCACGCGCACACACGCGCAUGCACAUGCACGCACGCAAACACACACGGAGAGAUGGCCGUUUGCUGACCUAUGAGAAAAUCUUCCUCUCUCCCACCUUCUGUAACCCAAUCCAGCCCCAUGGGUAUGGUGACCUCCAGACUCCUUGAGCACACAACCAGCACCUUGUACCCUAACCUGUUUGCUGUGCUGUUGUUGUAUUCACCUUCUGCCUGCUUCUCCCCAGUCCUUUCUCCAGGGCCACAAAACAGUGACUAGGGGAAGUCGCAUUCCUGGUUGGCCUGCUCUCUGCCCGAUACCAACAGUUCUUGGCCACCACUGAAAGCAAAGUCAAGGGCCCAGUCUUCCAUGGAGAAGUUCUGUGGUUCUCAUUCAUAUGUGUAUCUAUUUAAGGAAGGAAAGUCCUGAUUGCCUCUCCCUUCUCCACCCCACUCUGAGUGCCCUGCUGCACAAGGGCUUUUGCUUUUGUGUUGGGGUUGAGUUUGAAUUUGGGAGAGGUCUCCCUGCAUCCCAUGUCCACCCAGCCUUCCAGCCUUCCUUCCUUUCCUCCCUAAUAGUUAAAGCCAUAUCAGUUAGACUGCAAUACUAUCAACACUAAAAAAAAAAACCUUGGCAGGCUGUGCUUUCUCAUCUUGUACAGAAGAGCACCCCAAGGGGUGGGGACCUUUCCCCACACACCUUUGCCUGCUUGUCCAUGUCUUUGGCCACACACCAUGUGGCCUCUCUGUGUUUUUGCGUCGGUGUCUCUUGUAACAGGGUAAAACACCCCAGCGCCUGUCAUCUGUCUUAUUGUCUCUGCUAGUCACUCACUAGAUGGUCACCGUAUGGCUCCAUGGAGCCCAGGAUAUGCAGGAGGAGGGCAGGGGGCCACAGGCAGAGGAGAGCAGGCUGGAGGUGGUGAGGGGCCAGCCCAUUAGUCCAUUUUUUGUCCACACAGCAUUUGCUAUGGCUGCUCAUUAUGUGUGCAUGAUCAUUUCACAUAGGGUGUAGCAUGUGUGGCUGUGACUGCUGGACAGCAGUAAAUGCCAUGCUGGCAGGGAAACUCAGCCCCAAGGCAGUAUGCCUUUGCCUAGGCUGGCACACGUUCAUUGUCUCGACCCUCCUGGAUGAAUGUUGAAAAUCGCAAUAAGUCCACUUCUCACAUGGGGCAAAGGGCUGAUGCUGAAACCAGCGUCCCACCAUGGGGUGGUGCUGCUGCUCUCAGUUUAAUAUUUUUACCACUGCACCCCCACAGGUUGGGACCUCCCAUCCCACAAAGUGGGCUGUUGGGGGUGUCAUUAUAUCCUGGAUGCUCGCCAGCCAUAAGCUUUUUAUUAAUUGGCCCAUCCUGGAUGCAAGCUAAAGUCAAAAAGGAUCAGAUUCUGGAGGAACCUCUGACAGCAAGGACCACAACAGAAGAGAAGAAUUAAACAUGGCUUGACCUGUGACAGUCAUGAUGGAACCAUAGUGAAGGAGGCCCUUCUCUUACUACCUUAGCAGCAUGGGGGCUGCAGAGUCCUGGGCUGUUUUCCCGAUUAUGUGCUGAUGUGAAAAGCCCUGAGUCCCAGGUGGCAUGCCUGCAUCAUGGCUUCUCCCACAGCAGCACCAUCCCCUUGACAAAAAUGGUGGUGGAAGGAGAAGUCAUUGUGUGGACUUUUCCUGCAGCAUCUCAUACUUGUGGUGUCAUGUGGCACUGUCAGGAGUUGUGCAGCAACUCUAAGUCACAAAAGGAGCUAGCUGGGGCAGAAAACUCUAGCUUAGUGCUUAAAAACCUCUGUUAGCUAACAGAGAAGCAGCAACUUCCAAACUGAAGUACAUGGACACUUCAGUGUGUGUGAGUGUGUGUGAGAGAGGAGAGUGAGAGAGAGAUCAAUGGGAUAGUUACUUGCAGCUUAUCUACUGGUUUAAAAACAGUCAUUUCAAGGGCAUAAAACACUCCAGAUGGGUGGAUAUCACAAAAAGGGCCCCAUAACCCUAAAGAACAUGGGAACAUUUAUGGUGUGUGUGUUUUUUUAAUUGGGGAAGGGAGUCCUUGGGGGCCUCAUAAACAGCCCUAUGGCUAGAUAUGGCCCUGGGCUGCACUCCCCCAACCCCAGCUAUAGUAUAUACAUUGGAGAAACCCAGCCUCCCUCCACUAUCACCUAUAUAAACAAUAAAUCUUGCUAGAUCCCAUUAAUUCUUAUUUGGUCCUACAUUGGAAGGCCCAGGAUUGCCCUGAGAGUGUUCUUAUGUCUACUCUAUACAUACCUGUGAUUGUGUAUGAAAAUACAUUCACAGGAGCACCCAUUUGCAUUCGUGCAUGCACAAAUGUGAAGUGCGUGUUUGUGUGUGUUGUGUGUGUAUCUGAGAUAAUGGGGGGUACUGACUGUUAUAAGCUGGUGCAUUAUCUCUGUGAGCAUGUGGAUAUGUGAGAAUGCAAAGAAAGUUGAUGGUGUUCAUUGUGACUGUGCCAGUACUCAUCUGGAGGGGUGGGGAUGCGUGCAUUUACAUAAAAUCAGGUGGAAUUGCUCAAGUCUCCCUGUUCACCAGUGUGUCUGUCCCAGUGUGUCCACUGUGUGUACACCCCAUUUGUUUUCACUUUGCUUCCAGAGCAGGACAUCCAUCCAGGACUCAAAGACUGGCAUAGAGGAAUUGAUUUCAGCCUCUGGGGGUAUUCCCAUCCCCUUCCCAAACUGGUCAAGAGCAUUGCCAGAGGGGCCCUGCAUCGUUCCCACAUGCAUGGAUUUCCCUUUGUCAGCUUGUCUAUCACUAGCUUGUAGAGGGGUGAGGGAGCCAACUGCCCCAUGCACUAACCUACUUGACUGUGUGAACCAUCCUGCCUUGCUUGUGCCAUCUGCUUUCUAUAGCCGUUGUGUCUUCCUGGCAAGUCCUCAUCCCACCUGCACCUGAGAAGAGCAUCUUUCACCAUGAUGGGGCAGAGUGUGCUAAAGAGGAUGCCCCACUAGAAAGAUUCAGUGCUGACAAAGUGUCCUCUGGGCUCUUCUGUCUCCCACCAACAGGGCUGAGUAGCCAGGUGAUGGACUUGAAGCCGAGGCUACAGAGUACGGCACUUCUGAGGUGGUGCCCCAGCACUCUUCAGUCUGUGAGUUAACCUGGGGAGCCGAGCAGGUUAAAUGUACUUUUUCCCUGCCUGUGUGGGGUGCAGGAUGCAGGCAAAGGGGGCAAUGAAGAUUUGAGGGGCUCCAUCCACUCUAUGGUGACCAUUCUGCUCUAACUAGUCUUUGAAGAAAUAAUUAAAUAAAAAACUUUGUACAUUG